GGGGCGGGGCCCAUCUUGCGCAUGCGCCCUGAGGGCGGCCUGCCGUGUAAGGCGGAAGCGGAAGAGCAGGUCUCCAGGGGAGCGAUGGCAGCCGGUGGUCUGAGUCGCUCCGAGCGCAAAGCGGCUGAGCGGGUCCGGAGGUUGCGGGAGGAGCAGCAGAGGGAGCGCCUCCGCCAGGUGUCGCGCAUCCUGAGGAAGGCGGCGGCGGAGCGCAGCGCCGAGGAGGGCCGGCUGCUGGCCGAGAGCGCGGACCUGGUAACGGAGCUGCAGGGCCGGAGCCGGCGGCGCGAGGGCUUGAAGCGGCGGCAGGAGGAGGUGUGCGACGACCCGGAGGAGCUGCGGGGGAAGGUCCGGGAGCUGGCCAGCGCCGUCCGGAACGCCAAAUACCUGGUCGUCUACACAGGCGCGGGAAUCAGCACGGCAGCGUCUAUCCCAGACUACCGGGGCCCUAAUGGAGUGUGGACACUGCUUCAGAAAGGGAGAAGCGUUAGUGCUGCGGACCUGAGUGAGGCCGAGCCAACCCUCACCCACAUGAGCAUCACCCGUUUGCAUGAACAGAAACUGGUGCAGCAUGUGGUGUCUCAGAACUGUGACGGGCUCCACCUGAGGAGUGGGCUGCCGCGCACGGCCAUCUCCGAGCUCCACGGGAACAUGUACAUUGAAGUCUGUACCUCCUGCGUUCCCAACAGGGAGUACGUGCGGGUGUUCGAUGUGACAGAGCGCACCGCCCUCCACAGACACCAGACAGGCCGGACCUGCCACAAGUGUGGGACCCAGCUGCGGGACACCAUUGUGCACUUUGGGGAGAGGGGGACGUUGGGGCAGCCUCUGAACUGGGAAGCGGCGACCGAGGCUGCCAGCAGAGCAGACACCAUCCUGUGUCUAGGGUCCAGCCUGAAGGUUCUAAAGAAGUACCCACACCUCUGGUGCAUGACCAAGCCCCCUAGCCGGCGGCCGAAGCUCUACAUCGUGAACCUGCAGUGGACCCCGAAGGAUGACUGGGCUGCCCUGAAGCUACAUGGGAAGUGUGAUGACGUCAUGCGGCUCCUCAUGGCCGAGCUGGGCUUGGAGAUCCCUGCCUAUAGCAGGUGUCAGGAUCCCAUUUUCUCACUGGCGACUCCCCUGCGUGCUGGUGAAGAAGGCAGUCACAGUCGGAAGUCGCUGUGCAGAAGCAGAGAGGAGGCCCCGCCUGGGGACCGGGGUGCACCGCUUAGCUCGGCCCCCAUCCUAGGGGGCUGGUUUGGUAGGGGCUGCACAAAACGCACAAAAAGGAAGAAAGUGACGUAACCUGGUGCUCGAUGAAGAACAGUUGGCACUUUGCAGAUGGCCAGUGUCACGGUGAAGGCUGGGUUGCCCCCACGGGUCUAGGGAGAACUCUUUGGGGAUGAUGUUUUCACCGUAACAUUUUUAGCCAUUUGUCCUUGAGGAAGCCCCUUGCACUGCUGCGGUUGUCUACGGCUUGGCCAUCGAGGACACCUGCCCAUCCGGCCCCUAUGUCAAGAGGUGGCAGCCGCACCUUUCUGUGAGAACGGAACUCGGGUUAUUUCAGCCCCGGCCUGCAGAGUGGAAGCGCCCAGCGGCCUUUCCUCACUCACCAGGCCAGUCUCAGGGCCUCACCGUAUUUCUACUACUUCUUAACGAAAAAAGUGUGAACUUUAUAGAAUCCUCUCUGUACUGGAUGUGCGGCAGAGGGGUGGCUCCGAGCCUCGGCUCUAUGCAGACCUUUUUAUUUCUAUUAAACGUUUCUGCACUGGC